AUGGCUGAAGAUUUCGGUGGCAGGAAGGUGACCGGCCAGCAGAACAUCUUUUACACGGACGAUAUAUAUUCUACUGGUGGCGGCCUCGCUCGCUUGCACUCCCGCCCCGGAAGCGGCCACCCCACCGCUCGGGUCCUGACGUUUACCGUCGUCGUCACUGCGGCGCCGACCGUGAGGGCCCGCAAGGACAGGGACAGUCGCCUGGGCAGCCAGGCGGGCCUGGCUCAGCCUUCCCUCCCGGCGCAAAUGGGGGCUUUGGCGGACAACCAAGCGGCCCUGGAGGGAACGGGAACGGUGGCUCGGGUGGGCAGCGGCCCGGGCAGCCAGGUGACCCCGAUCCUCCCUUCCGGCCUGGAAGGCCCCAACGCCCCGACGGCUCCGUACUGCCGCCACCAUUCAGCUCCACCGCAACCAGGGGUGUCUCGAGUGCCUCGGGGUCACAAAGUCGCCACGCCGAGCGAAAGCUCCACUUCCGAGGCACCCGCCAGCUCCACCGUCACUUCGGAUACCAGUUCCGCUACCCCAACACCGACUGCGUCACCGCAGCCGGAAUGCCAGGAGAUUGACGGAAACUUCGAAAACGGGGUCGAGGAUCCGUGGUACAUCUCCAACCAAAUGACAGCAGACUCGUCUACUGUUCUCGAGUACGAGCCAAGCGACUCUGGUUACGCUUUUGCCCUGAUCCCCUCCCAGCGUGACUCUUCCCAAGUUUAUCUCAACCAACCGCUGCCUACUUGCUCGAACACCCCCAUCACAGUCACGCUCCAGAUCCGGUUCUUUUACGAAUUUGCAGCCGAGGCUGUGGGAUGUAAGAUCACGGCCGGGUUGGCUGGCUCGCCUACCGGUGCGGCGGAGAUUAUCGAGGACGAUACGAACCAAGGGGCUUGGCUGGAGUACGUCGGGACACCGUUUGAAUACACCCUGCAGUCCUAUACUCUAUUCACGGUGGCCCUAUCCUGCGCGGGGGAUGCUGAGCCUGGGAACCCAGCUAUCCAUAUCUCCAACAUCAGCGUCUACCCAUGA